UGACACAUAAGGCUCUUUGCUGCCUCUAGCGGCGACACAUAGAAUUACAACGGUUUUACUUCCUGCUUCUGAGUCCUAGGGUGGGACAGCGGAAGUGUCGGAGCAGCAUCGCCGGUGGGUAGUGAUCGUCUUCUGCUACGUUACCGCAAUCAUGCCGGCCUACCACUCCACAUUAAUGGAACCAGACACCAAACUUAUUGGAAACAUGGCAUUGCUGCCCAUCAGAAGCCAGUUUAAAGGGCCUGCCCCCAAAGAAACAAAAGACACGGAUAUUAUUGAGGAAGCUAUUUAUUAUUUCAAGGCCAAUGUAUUCUUUAAAAAUUAUGAAAUCAAGAAUGAAGCUGACCGGACCUUGAUAUAUAUCACCCUUUAUAUUUCUGAGUGCUUGAAAAAGUUGCAGAAGUGCAAUUCUAGAGGACAAGGAGAAAAGGAAAUGUACACUCUAGGAAUAACCAACUUCCCCAUUCCAGGAGAACCAGGGUUCCCCCUUAAUGCCAUGUAUGUGAAACCUUCCAACAAACAGGAAGACGAGGUGAUGAGGGCCUACUUGCAGCAACUGAGGCAGGAGACUGGCUUGAGACUGUGUGAAAAGGUGUUUGACCCUCAGACAGACAAGCCCAGCAAGUGGUGGAUGUGCUUUGCAAAGAAACAGUUCAUGAACAAAUCUCUGUCUGCUCCUGGGCAAUAAGGAAAGAAGACAAAGAACAUUGAAAUAGUUGUCUUAUUUUGUUUCAAUUUGGAAAUAAAGUUUUAUACUGUGUUGUAAUAUGGCCAGCUGCAGCCAAACAAGGCAAGAAAACUCCGGCAUUUUGGGGCGAAUAUUCAGUGUUAAGCUGGUGCUUAAUAAAAGUGAGAAAUCCUUUC